ACCACCGUGAACUUCUUUUCCUUGCAAAAGGCUGAGUGAAAGAGAAGAGUGAGAAGAAGAAGAAAAAAAACCUCCCUUAUUUUAAAUCUGUUUUUGGAGUUAUUUCAGGCCUGUUUUGAAGAAGUGUUUCGAAUGAGAAUGUUGCUUAAACCUGGCAACCCUGACUGUAGCCUAAGUGCAUCAUUACUUAAGUUGUGGAAGACGGUGGAAAACGAUGGGGAAUGGUAGAUGAUGAUGAUUGAAUGAUGGACACUGGUAUAGGCGAUCGUAGAAAACGGUGGAUGAUUGUGGAGGAUGGUAGAAAAUUGUGGAGGAUGGUGAAUGAUGAGUGGUGGAAGAUGAUGAAGAAUGGUGAAGGAUGGCAGAGAAUGGUGGAGGAUGUUGGAAGGUGGAGGAUGGUGGAGAAUGGUAGGGGAUGUUGGAAAAUGGUGGAGAAUGAUUAAGGAUGGUUGAAGAUGGUGGAAAAUGGUGUAGAAUAAUUGAUGUUGGUGGAGGAUGGUGGGAGAUGGUGGAGAAUGAUUGAGGAUGGUGGAGAAUGGAGGGUUUGGUGAAAGAUGGAGGAGGAUGAUGGGGAAUGGUGGAGAAUUGUGGAGAGGCGUGGAGGAUAGUGGAGGAUAAUAGAGAAUUGUGUAGGAUGUCAGAGAAUGGUGGAGAACUGCUGGAUCAUGAGGAAGUGAAACAACGAAAUAAGUGAAACAAAGGAAUUAAAGUAUAAUGACGCAUGAAACCUUGUGUCGGUUUCGCCCCCAUAGAUUUUGUCAUCAAAACGCAGCUGCAGUCUUUAUGUGUGAAGGAAACCGAAGCCAAACCCCCUCCUCCCUCACACAAACACACACACACACACACACACAGAUGUGUGUAUUGGCUUUGUCGACCGAGGAAGAAGAUCAGUUCUGCUCCUGAUUCCACCGAACUUCGGACUCGGUGGAGGCGCGUGAACUUUCUUCUGUUUUUUUGUUCCACUCGCCGCUUCCUGAGCUCCUCCUUUCUUCUUCUCCAAGGCUCCAGGAACCGCUCGUCUCCUUCCUGCUCCAGCUCCUCAACAGUCCACACAUCAGGACUGAAACAAUGACGUUAAAAUCCGAUAAGAACGAACCUGCGGUGGUUCUGGAGAGGGUGAACAGCGCGCGCACGGCCCUGUCCGACCUGUACCUGGAGCAGCUUCUGCAGAACAAACCCAAGAACCAGGAGAAGGCAGCCAUGCAGACAUUUGAAGCGAAGGAGCAGAAUACGGUGUACACGAACGGAAGCACCGGCCAUAUGAACGUCAAAGAAGUGACGAAGAUACGCGAGGUGGCCUUCGAGAAGCACCCGUCAGAACCACUGGGUGUGACUCUAAAACUUAACGAGAAACAGAAGUGUAUGGUGGCUAGAAUAUUACAUGGAGGGAUGAUCCACAGGCAAGGUUCUUUACAGGAAGGAGAUGAAAUUGCUGAGAUUAACGGUAAAAGUGUUGCGAAUCAGAGUGUGGAUGAACUGCAAAAGAUUCUGAAAGAUACAGACGGCAUCGUCACUUUGAAAAUCAUCCCGAAUCAGCACAGUCGCUCCAUGGUCUGUGAGACGUACAUGAGGGCUCAGUUCGACUACGACCCGGCCAAGGACGACCUCAUCCCCUGCAAAGAGGUCGGCCUUAAAUUCAAAACCGGUGACAUCAUUCAGAUCAUCAACAAAAAAGAUCCCAACUGGUGGCAGGGUAGAGUGGACAAUUCAGGGAAAGACUUCGCAGGACUCAUACCAUCCCCAGAACUUCAGGAAUGGCGUGCAGCCAGCAAGAGUAAGAGCAGCUCUGAGGCUGGUCAGUCAUGUAGUCCUUUUGGCAAAAAGAAGAAAUGCAAAGACAAAUACUUGGCGAAACACAGUUCCAUCUUCGAUCAGCUCGAUGUUAUUUCUUAUGAAGAGGUCGUACAGCUUCCUGCCUUCAAUAGAAAAACUCUGGUGUUCAUCGGUGCUCCAGGUGUGGGAAGGAGUCACAUCAAAAGUUCCCUGCUGACCAAAUACCCAGAAAAGUUCGCCUACCCUGCACCUCACACAACCAGACCUCAGCGGAAAGACGAAGAAAACGGACAGGAAUAUUAUUUCAUCUCCAAUGAAGAGAUGACUAAAUGCAUUGUGGGAAAUGAGCUCCUGGAGUACGGAAGUUUUCAGGGCAACAUGUUCGGCACCAAAAUCGAAACCAUCCAGAAGAUCCAUGAGCAAGAUAAGAUCGCAGUGCUGGAUGUGGAGCCUCAGACGAUGAAACUCCUCAGAACUGCCGAGUUCGCUCCACUCAUCGUGUUCAUAGCACCAACCAACUCGGGCAACCAGUCAGAAGCAGUGCAGGCCAUGCAGAAGGAAUCGGACACCAUUUUCAGCAUCUACCGCCAUUUCUUCGACGUCAUCCUGGUCAACAACGACGUAGACGAGAGCGUGAAAGGCAUAGAAGAAGCAUUAGAGAGAGCCUCCUCAAGCCCACAGUGGGUUCCUGUGUCCUGGGUCUACUGAUCCGAAGAUCAAGGAGCACACACACCAAAUCAUCCCUUAUAAUCAGUGUAAUAAAAUCAGAGGCCUCAGUGUUGUAAAAUCAGGUGCAAUACCAAGUCAGAAGAUGAUGUCUGGGUUUAGACUCUUAUUCAGAGAUCCUACCUGACCUCCUGAACCUAUUCAACAUGGCAGUUUUAUUAAAGCAAUAAGCUGGAGACUUUAUUUUGCUUGUAGAUGAGAAAUGUGCACCUUUGAAGUGUCAAUUGACCAUGCAAAAAAAAAAAAAAAAAAAGGACCACUACUGUGAUAAAUACCACCAUGGUUUCAGUGUUCGGUUGUUUUGCUGUAUUACGACAGGAAACCCAUCAGGUUUACAUUUACUGUAUUAAAUAUAAAAACAGGGAAACCGUAUUGAUGUAGCGCAUGAAAGUGUUGCACUUUUGACUCAGCUGAAUAAAAACGCCACUGGCAACCUUCUGGUGUUCCUCAUA